UAGUACGCCAACACGUUUAGUACAUUUCGGGGUUAAGUUCUAAAAAUAAACAUUUUCUUUCAAAACUGGUGAAUAUUGUGAUUGAGCGGUAGACUGAACCUUCCGUCUACCUCGAUUGCAGCUUCGAUGCGCUGUUUAAAAAGUGACUACUGCUGUUGCUAGUAGUGCUUAAAGUUGCUAGCUCCCCUAAUCCCGAGGAAAAAAGCAACUAAGACCCGCCAAGCCUCAAGCACUCAUGGGCAAUCCGAGCUUGACCUACGAAAUUUUGCUCUAUCUGAAUUCCUUCUACUUCGGGAUGUUCGCAACCUGUGAGUUGGGAAUGAUGACCCUCAAGGCAGUCAACUUACCAUAUCCGCAUCAAGUCUUGGUACAGGAAACAAUAAUUUUGCUUGCUCUUUGUUUGGUCGAAACGAUAAGAAUUAUAUUCGGCCGGAAGGGAAGUCUCAGCGACCAUGGCUGGCAAGUUAUAUUAUCAGUUAUCCUGACUAUUCCUUGUGCGCUUGGAGUUAGUUAUCUCCUGUUCUAUCAAUUACACCGGUUGCGCCUCGAGUACAUCCUAUGUGCCUUAAUGUUAUCUCUUCAUACAGCGGAAUUACUGUUUGCCCUAUUAUUUAUUUGUUCACUUUGCCGUCCAGUUUCGUAUGAAUAGGUUCUCCCCUCUCAAUAUUAAUUUUAAAUCAGCCUAAAAUGCAAAGACUAAAGUUUUUGUAACGGAUGCCCGCAAUCAACUACAAUUGUAAGAAGAUAUUAAAAUCUCUCACCUAAACGGCAAAUCAGAAAUUGAUCUGAAUUCAACGUUACUAGUUAAACAAAAAAGAGUAUCGAUUUUAUGUAUUUUGAUUUUCGAUAGUUAUAUUUUGAAUAUUCGUUUGAUCUUUUCGCGGAAUUCCCUGAUGGUUUCACAAGUUGAAAUAAGCAGUAGAGUAAUAAAACACAUCGCAGUGCCCUGGGAAAACCAGGAUGAUUUUCAAACAAAGUACGAUUAUUACAAAAUCUUAAAUUAUGUUCGAAGACCUAAGACAACGGUAACUUAACCAAAUAUUUUCGUUACAUAUUAUAUACUCACCGAUUUGUUAAGGCUCGUUUUGAAACGCAGUUUAUUUCGAGUACAUUUGUAGGAUUUAAGUAAGUUAUUUUUGAUUUGUAAGUAAUCGAUCAAAACUGGAAUUUUAUUUAUGGGUUUUAUAAAUGUAUUUUGACAUCUCUUCGAAUGUAGCUCUAGAGCCGCAGGCGCCAAUUGAAAGAAAUACUCAAUAGACUACCAAGUAAGACGUAAAUCACAAAACGGGUUUGGCAAACCUUUGAUCAAAUAUAUAGCUGUGAAAUCAAAGCAAAUUUUUCAAUGUUAGAACAAAGUUCUUUCAAAACCGAAGAUAGUGAACGUAGAAGUAAUAAUAGUUUAUUGAAAAACAAUGAACCACACAUUUUGGACAAAUUGUUCUAAAGACCAUAAAGAAUAAUGUAUUCGAUCAACGUGGUUCUCAUAGCCUAUAUUGAUAUAUACAACAAAUUCAGUGUAACAUAAUACAUACCAUAUACUCACAUACGUUAUUCAUUUACUUCAAUUCUUAUCUUUCGAACAAAAAGAUUUAAAACUGUAAGAAUACUAAGCUGAACACUGCAUAACAAAUAUAUUUGCUAGCUGCUAUAACACGGAAAAAUGUCGAAAUUAACGUUAUAGAUAGAUGAUAGCAACAAAUCGUUCGAAUAGAUAUUGUUCUUAAGCUUUCUAUUCUCCAGAUAAAUCGCCUCUAUGAAUACUUCACCAGUCAGAAUCUUCUUAAUCUUUUCAUCCGAGGAAUAUAUUUGAAGAAAAUUAACCGUUGAAAACAACUAAAAAUGAAACAUUGAAAACAACUAAAACAACAUAGUAAUUGCCACUCAGAUACGGCUAGUGAAGUGCACUGUAUGCAACUCUCACUCGAUAUACUCAAAUAUUUAUUAAUGAACGAUUUUCUACUAAGAAUGCCAUACACUCAUACACAUCACUAUAGCAGGAGCGUGCAGUCACGAGACAUUUUCAAGACAUAAUCAAAUCUAUACAUACUGUGUUCUUUUGUCAUUAUAAUUCACAACAAAAGACUUUGUAAUAAAGAUAUCUUUAUACCCGAU